UUCAGAUCACAUCCGACGUCACUGUCAGUGCCACCAUGUUGGAUCAGGAAGUGGGCAGAGUCGAAGCAGGAAUCCCGAGCAGGGCUUAACGUUGACGGCCGUCUUUAUCCCAUCGGUCCACCGUUUCACCGUUCCCACCUUUAACAUCCAGGUUACAUGCUGCCUGGCUUUCCUGCUGGUCGAGGUAGGCGCUUUUCUUCGGAUCUGAUCGUUUUGCUGCACCAGCUAUGACUUCUCUCACGCAGAGGACCUCGGGCCUCGUCCAGCGGAGGACCGAGGCCAUUCGCAGCGCCGCCGCCGACAAGGAGAGGGAGUCCGACGGAGAGGAGGACGAGGCGCGCCGCGGGGAGGAGGAGGACGACGACAAGGGGGACUCGAAGGAAACCAGGCUCACACUGAUGGAGGAGGUGUUGCUGCUGGGCCUCAAGGACCGAGAGGGCUACACGUCUUUCUGGAACGACUGUAUUUCUUCCGGACUUCGCGGGUGUAUGCUGGUCGAGCUGGCCCUCAGAGGGAGGCUACAGCUGGAGGCCUGCGGGGUGAGGAGGAAAAGCCUGCUCUCAAGGAAGGUGAUCUGCAAGUCAGAUGCCCCGACAGGAGAUGUGCUACUGGAUGAGGCCUUGAAGCACAUUAAAGAAACACAGCCUCCAGAGACUGUCCAGAGCUGGAUAGAGCUGCUGAGUGGAGAGACCUGGAAUCCCCUGAAGCUGCACUACCAGCUGAGAAAUGUUAGAGAACGUCUGGCAAAAAACUUGGUAGAGAAAGGUGUCCUCACCACAGAGAAACAGAACUUCCUGCUUUUUGACAUGACCACACAUCCACUCACCAACAGUACCAUUAAACAGCGCCUCGUCAAGAAGGUCCAGGACUCUGUUUUGGAGAAGUGGGUCAACGAUCCCCAGCGCAUGGACAAGCGAGUCCUGGCUUUAAUCCUUCUGGCCCACUCAUCCGACGUUCUCGAGAAUGCCUUCGCCCCACUCCAAGACGACCAGUACGACCUGGGCAUGAAGAGAGUCCACACUCUGCUAGAGCUGGAGCCGGAGAAAGAGAGUGCAAAGCCCAAUGCCAAUGAACUUAUGUGGGCUGUGGUGGCUGCAUUUACUAAAUGAAAACAGCUGAUUGGUCUGGACUGGAAGAUCUGGCUAUGGUCUGUGUUAUUUAAUUGGUUGAAGGACUUCACUUAAUGAGACAGACUUCACUUUAAUGAGACAAUCUAUUUUGGUUGGGGAGCCUGUUUGUGCAUCUAUUCCGGAUGACAUUUUGGUGGUAGUCCAUAUUAAUCCAGUGCAAUCUGAUUGGUGGUGGGCUUCACCAAGUAACAUUUGAUUGGCUGGAAAGGUCUCUAAAUGAAAAAUGACUGGCUGCUUUCACAGACUGAGGUAAGUGAGCCACUACGAAGCUGGAUAUACUUCUAAACAUCGACACUACGAACAGAUGGGCUUCUGUUAAUGUUAGAUGGCAUCAAAGAACAAAGCAGGUAGUCAUGGUGCAUAUGAAGAUUUUGACUGGGGCCAAGUUUCCCCUCUAUACUAUGGAAACAUCAUCUCUCCAUUACUACAAGACAUGGCCAGAAUCAAAUCCUGGUCUCCAUACUCUUCCCCAUGCUUAUGCAAGGAUAACGGAUAGCAAAUUACAUAGCUAUUGAUGCUCUUUGCACUCAUGCAGGUCUCCUGCCUCCACCUACUCAUUCCCACUUGUGUUGGGAGUUCAUGCUUAGGGUUACUGUUAGAAAACACUACCUGAAUGUUUUACUGAUUCCCCCUGUCUUCUCAUUAAAUUCCCCUUUCUCCUUUCUUCCUCAUUGCAUUUUGAGGAGGAAAGAGAGGACACAAAGAAAUACUUGAGUUCAUUUCCUGCAUCAUCAAGAGUGAGCUGGGUAAUUUGGCCCUCAUAGACCAACCUAAAUGAAGAAUUAAACCUUGAGUCAACAAAACCUUUAUCUUAUUAGUUUGCUGUUUUUGCAAGGGUCCAUUCUGUGUUCAUAAAAUGAGACUAGUCUUCCAUUGCUAUUUAUGUUGCUUAUCGAUGCUUGGACUAGCCUGCCAUUUAUCAACUAUUUUGCACAGUCAAUAGCCCUGUAGGUAGGAUAGUAUUUAUAGGGAUUUUUCUUGGGUUGAGUAACCCACUUGUGAAGAUGGGAUUGAAAAUUAUGAACCUUAGCAUCCAUGGUUAAAAAAAUAAAAAAUAAAAAGGUCUCACGUAUUUAGUCUACAGCUAUUGAUCUCUCUAUUGAUAAUGAGUUCUUUAAAAUCAUACCUCUGGACAUAUAUAUAAAAAAAACUCUUAUUUUUAAGUAUGACUUGAGCUGUAAAGAUGUGGGGAAAACAGAUUUGGAUCUCUGAACCUCCCACACAAGAUACAGUAUGAUCAUUAGCAAAGCUGGCAGUUGUCAGCCAAAUGGGCUCAUUUCAGUUUAGGAAAUAUUAAAGCAUCAACUCACCCAAAUUACAUAUGUAUAAAAAAUAUAUUUUCUCAGGAAACACUAGUGGUAACAAUUCUUGCAGGUAGUUUUGGUUAUGUUAAGGUUUUGAAACACCUGCCUCUGACAUCUGCUUUGAAUUUCCUUCUAAGAUGCUUGUCAGCAGUAAAAAAAAAUUCAGAAGCAACAACCAAUCCAGAGACUUUACUGUAAACGGUUUUCCUUGUAACUACUUUCUGGUGAAGAAAUCGCCCUUAUGAAAACUAUCAAAAGUAAAUUCUGUGGAUUGGGCCACUAGAUAACAAUAUAGGUGAGUGAGAAAAUGUAUUUUGUAAUUUGGGUGAAUCGAGUCUUCAAGUUUCCUUCUUGCAAUAUAAUGAAUCUCUCAGUUUGUGAGCAUGUUGUAUUGUUUCAUACAUGCAGACGAUGGGCCUCGGAUGAAUCCUUGUUCAACGCUCAACAUGCAGUCCAUUGGAACAAAAACUAUCUCCUAACAUGCUUUAGUGCAGGUCUGAGAAAACUUCUGUUUCAAUAUAAACUCAUGAUUGUAAACAUCAUUCUGGUCUGAUCGGUGUGAUCUUUGUAUGAAGUUACAUCACCUGUUGCUUCACAGCUUACUUAUAGUUCUGUCUUUUUUUUCUUUUCUUUUUCUAACUGCAAAAUACCUGUAGGUAUGAAGAACUGUUGAGAUCCGUUUACAGCAAAGAGACCAUGCAUGCUAUUGGUGGAGGGCUGGGGUACUUGUGGAUGUAGCUACAGAGAAAAGGCUUGUAUGUAAUUAUUAGUCAUUUUAUGUGUACGAUCUAAUGGAAUUUAAUGAAAGGGAUCUUCUCUCCUAUCCUCUAUAGUUCUGUAUGCUUUUGUAUUACCACACAAAAUAAAGUAAGGAUCCUUUAAGUGCCUGAAUUUAG